AUGUUCUGGAAACGUUCAAAGACGGACAAGCAGCAGCAGCAGUCUGCGGCUCCGUCUCCUCCAAGGCAGUCCGGCCUGUCUUCUGUCCCUGAGUCAUACAGUCGACCAAUCUCUCACUCAGGGACGCAGACGCCUGUUGGAAUUGACGAUGAUGCAAAAUAUAAAGCUAUAAUUAAAUAUUUACAUGCAAGACUUGCUACUAGCAAAUGGUGCCCUCCCCCAUCGGAUCCCAACAGUGAAUACCAUGGACUUCUACUUCGAAAAUCCCGGGGUGUUUACAUCUCCGAGCCGGAUCUGGUUCAUCCAUUACUGCUCGGCGCAGUACAGAAGAUCAAUGUUGCCGUCGCCUUUACCAUGGCCACAGAGAUCACAAGAAUCAUCUUCUCCAUCCUCCAGCCAGACCAGACCGAAUUGAUUCUCCCUAGCGGGUUCCAGGUCCAAGUGGUCGAAUCUCUAGCAGAGAUCGCUUGCUCCCCAUCAAGCGCAGUCAAGAAAUUCCAGUACGUGGCCUUGGUCAGGGAAGAGAGACUCCUAUUGAUCUGGCAUGACGAGCUAGAAAAGAUCCUCAUCCAUGCUGAGGAUGUCGAAGAGAAGCUCCUUGCAUUCUCACCCAGCUACUCUCUUCCACACUCCAGUAUCGGGUCCCCAGCUGCCUCAACCCGCAACUUCGUGCCCCUUUGGAACAAAGAGGCCAGUGGACUGGCAAAUUCCCCCCUGGGUAUCGCGGUCGAGGAAGCAGCGAAACCGAUAGAGUCCCUGGAUCGGCCUCUGGCCUUGACAAGCUCCAUAUUCGUGGGCCUUGGGAUGUGCCUGAUUGUAGUUCUCCUUGUGGGAUUCGGUGUCUCGAACCUCAUGCUGCAACCUCUCGUUGACGGAUCCUGGCUUAGAUUCGCAUUGGUGGCCUCCCUGCCGAUAUUCAUGCUUUUCAGCGUCUUCUUCGUCAUAGUGAUCUUUUCAGAUAUCUUCCAGGCGAUUGGGCCUAUCAAGACACUCAAAACGAAUUCUCGAUUCUACUCCCCUGUCCGGCCGGACCUCACGCAGGCAUAUGCCUUGGGCUUCAAGCCGCCGCGCAUUACCAUCCAACUGCCGGUAUACACAGAAUCCCUGACUGGAGUUAUUAUUCCUACAGUAACUAGUCUGAAAGCUGCUAUAUCUUAUUACGAAUCCCACGGAGGGACUGCCACAAUUUUUGUCAAUGAUGACGGCCUCGCAUAUCUUACCGAGGAGCAGCGAGAAGAACGUAUCAGUUUCUACCAUGACAAUAACAUUGGAUGGGUCUCGCGGCCAAAGAACAACCAAGACGGGUAUAUCCGGAAGGGCAGAUUUAAGAAGGCCUCCAACAUGAAUUUUGCACUCAACGUCUCAAACAAGGUGGAAGACAAGUUGCUAGAGAUGCUAGCAGAGACCCUAGAAACAACCGAAAUGAUAGAUGCAUCUCAAGAAGAGGCUUAUUACAAACUGGCCCUGCAAGAGGUUCUCGCCUCUGAUAGUCGGAUCAAGGCCGCUGGAGAUAUACGAAUCGGAGAAGCAAUUCUUAUUGUUGACGCUGAUACUCGAGUCAAUUCGCAGCCGGUCGAUUGUUUACUCUAUGGGGCAGCGGAAAUGUUCUUAAGCCCUGAAGUGGCCAUCAUCCAGCAUUCAACAGGCGUCAUGCAAGUCGUUGGGGAUUAUUUUGAGAACGGAAUCACAUUCUUCACCAACCUUAUUUACUCCUCCAUCCGGUUUGCCGUUGGCAGUGGUGAAACGGCGCCGUUUGUCGGCCACAAUGCAUUCCUUCGCUGGAAAGGGAAACCAGACGAUGGUUAUGUAGCCUACUGGUCUGAGAGCCAUGUGUCGGAAGAUUUCGACAUUGCACUUCGGCUCCAAAUUGCGGGUGAUAUUGUUCGUCUGGCAAGCUACCAUGGGGAUGAAUUCAAGGAGGGUGUAUCCCUAACUAUCUACGAUGAACUGGCAAGAUGGGAAAAAUACGCAUAUGGAUGCAACGAAUUAGUAUUCAACCCGAUCUAUACCUGGAUAUAUAAGGGGCCUUUUACGAAGCUCUUCAUGACAUUCCUCUGGUGCAACAUGCAGCUUUCAUCCAAGAUUACCAUCCUGGGGUAUAUCUCUUCCUACUAUGCCCUCGCCUCUGGAUUUCCGCUCACUAUCCUCAACUACUUCUUGGUAGGCUGGUUCAAUGGCUACUUGGACAAAUUUUAUAUCGAGUCUUGGAAAGUACUUCUGAGUCUUAUUGUUGUGUUCUCUCUUCUCGGCAACGUAACCCUUGCUAUAAUACGAUCGCGUCUGUCGGAAAAAAGCCUGUGGUCCGCCCUCGUCGAAAACUUCAAAUGGAUGCCCAUGAUGGCUAUAUUCUUUGGAGGCGUCUCCUUCCACCUCAGCUUAGCACUCCUCUCCCAUAUGUUCUCUAUCAAGAUGGAAUGGGGCGCCACGGCAAAGGAGAAAGUUGACUCCAACUUCUUCAAGGAGAUACCCAAGAUAUUCAAGAGCUUCAAGUGGAUGUAUGCUGUUUUGAUCCCCUUGAUUGGCGGGAUGAUAUAUCUUGGAAAUUUUGCGCCGCGAGGCUGGGAGAUCAAAGAGGUUGCCGCCGUCGUCCCUAUGGCCGUGACCCUGUCUCUCCAUGCUCUCCUCCCCCUGCUUCUCAACCCUUCACUCAUGAUUUUCAACUACUAA